GUUGGGGCAAUUUUUGCUUGGAAGGAACUUUUAUGGGCCCAAAAAAUUGUAAAAUGUCCACUGAAUUUUGCGAAAAAAUAUACAAAUAAUCACCAUUUCAAGCUCAAAAGGUGCCCCAUUGUGUCGUGUAGGGUGCAUUGAAGGUGAAAGUGGGGGAGAGAACGUGGGGAUUGGCCACAAAAAUGACCUAUGUGGAAAAUUUGGAUUUUGACAUUUCUCUCACCUCGUAUAUUUUGUCUGCGACUCUUUACCUCCUUUGCAAUGCGAAAAUACCCGUUUAGAAGGAUUGUGUAGGUCAUUUGUUUAGCAGUAGUUGCUGCACUGCAGGACAAGAAGGUUGACUGUGCAGAGGAAGGGAUUUAAUGAGCUACAGGAGCGGAGUAUUCGGCAGGGAAAAACGUGCAAGAGUGUUGGGAGAAAAGUGAGUGUGAGCAAGAGAGGCUCCCAUCUUUGUCUGGCCUCUCAGUGCGGAAGUUUUGGGGCUUGGAUGUGGCCAGGCUGUGGUAUUGGGUGUAAAGUUGAACAGAGAGACACGCACCAAGGGUGCCAAGUGGUCGCCGGAGUGUGUGUGACGGAUAAAAGAGGAUGUCAGAGAAGGAGAGUCAGGCACAUGAGUUUGUGCGCCGGAAGGAGUGGGUAAAGGCUGUGGAGCUAUACGAUCAGAUUCUCAACACAAACAACUUCAAGACACCCAAGGAGAGGAUUGUUGCGUGCCUGUAUGGACGUUCAGAAUGCUGCGUUGAGCUCAGCAAGUAUGACACAGUAAUUGGAGAUUGCCGGCGCCUCCUGAAGAUGCUUACCGAAUUGGAUACCCUAAGUACAGUGGCACACGUGCGGAGACGCCUCAUUGCAGCACUGUGCCAGAUGAAGCGCUACCACGAAGCUGAUGCCGCGUGCAAAGAAUGGCUGAGCACUUCCGCCCCAAAUGGUGCCCCCAGUAAUGCGGAAUUCACAAAAGUUCUCGAUCGAUACCGCACCGUCAUACAAAUGGCCAACGGGCAGAAAUCACCGGCAAAUCAACGUGUCCCCCAGCAAAGGCUAGACGAUGAGAUUCAGAGCCUAGAUGAGAAGCUGGAGACACUAAUGGCAACUCAAAUGCCCCCAGAUCGCAUAAGUAAGCUAAUCUCCAAUGCUCCCGUGAAGAAUGCAAGUAGCGACAGCAUUUCCGUCUCAUCCAAUUCAUCAUCAUCCUCCUCACUCUCAUCCACAACAUCGUCAUCAAGCAAGAAAGCCCCAAGUGUGGAGGCAACCAAUUGCAGCUCCCCACAGCGAAAGGGAUCACUCCCGGAGAAAAUGGUGGAGCAACAGAUGGCUCAAAUGGAGUUGCAAUCGAAUAAUUCAGACGGGGCUGAAAAGGGGGAUACUGUGUGCAGCUAUUGCGCCAUCUCCUUCAACGAUCGUGCAGAGUUAAGGGCUCAUUGUCAGACGGAGAGUCAUCAGAAUGUAAUCAUGUCCGAUGAAGGUCGUGAUUGGAAAUGUCGUCCUCCACCGCGUGGUUACAGUGCUGAUUCGUACACCCUGUGCGAGAGUUACGUUGAGAACAGUGUAUGCCACUAUGGGAAUCAAUGUGUUGAAGCUCAUGGGGAUGAUGAAUUGAAUGAAUGGAAGGAACGCUUUGAGUAUAGACGAAUGCGCGUACAGCGUGCGUGUGAGAAGGAAUUAUAUGGGAAGAGCUACACGGAGCAGUUGCUGGAUAAAUGGCUACAGGCCCCAAGUCCCGAUAAGGUGAUGAAGGAGAAAUUGGAGGGAAUAGAGGAGACGUGCUCCAAUGAAUUGGUGACGACGGUAUCGGCGAAAGUUUCAAAGCGUGACUGGACAUUUGUGCUGAAGACGAAGCGUCUUUUGCGUGCUGUGGCAUUGCUACAGGAUGCCCAUCGGAAUCAUUUUUCACUCAAACAAGUCUUUCUCGGUGAGCCACGUGCAACGCGUGUUGGGCAGCAAAGUAACAAAGUCAUUGAGGCUGAAUUGUCGAGUGAUCAAGAAUGGGUUUCCCCACAGACGGAUGCUGUGUCGGGAGAUCAGACAAUUAUCCUUGAGCAUCGUGUGAAGGUUUGCUUCACGACAGAAAUUUACGGAACAUUUCGGCAAUCGGUGGUAUUUGACUUUGGUGGUGAACCCGUUCUUGUGAAGCAUCUCUGUGUCGAUGUAAUACCAGUGGCAGAUGCUGAUAAGAUUACAGAAAUCAAAAAGGAGAUCGUUCUGUCGUCGGCAAAACGUUGGGAUGAAGAGAAUUCCCACAUUGUUCCCUUCACGACACCCCCAAUACCGCAUGUAACAACACCCCAAGCAACGGCCGAUGCGGAGUAUGAAAAGGAACUCCUCGAACGGUAUCCAUGCCCACGUGCAGCCACCUUCACGCUCACCCAAUCAACCAUUGUUGAGAAGAAAUUGACAAAGAAUAACUACAGGAAUCGCAAUCAUGAACUCCUCUACGUGGAGGAAAUUGCACGCUACGAACAGGUGGCACGAUACAAUUUAUCCACAAAACUCACAAUUACCACCAACUAUUUGCUUACGCCCAGUGGAAUGGCCACAAGUACGGCGAAAUAUUCGCACAGCGGUGAACUCUUUGCCCUCAUGACGCUGGGAAAGGAUGUGUCGGAAGAUACAUCAGCGGGACGGUUGAUACUCAAUAAUUGCACGAUGGUGUAUCUUUCCGCAUCUAUUCCCGCGGGUGAGCAAUGCGAAGACAAAAAGAGAAAGGUCUACGAGGCACCGAUUGAGGAUAAAGGAAAGAAUGUGAUCUAUUUGAAAUUAUCCGCAAUGACUGUGACAGAAUUGGGUUUGAAGGCAGAUACGGAAUUUGCGGCGGAUAUACAAUUUCAAUUGAAUCGUCUUACGUACUGCGAAUGGCAUCAGGCAAUUGACAAAAUAGCUGACUUUAAGAUAAUUUUCCCGGAGACAAUACUUGAGCCAUCAAUUCCGUGGACACCGAAGAAGCAAUGGUCGGAAUCGCUUGAUCCGAAAUUGAAUACAAAGCAAAAGGAAGCUGUUGUGGCAAUUACCACCCCCGUUGAAAUUCCUCUACCUCCAAUCUUACUUAUUGGGCCCUUUGGCACGGGGAAGACGUACACACUGGCGCAGGCGAUAAGGCAAUUGCUGUUGCAACCUGAUGCAAAGAUUCUCAUUUGUACACAUUCAAAUUCAGCUGCGGAUUUAUACAUAAAGGAUUACCUGCAUCCAUGGGUGGAGGAGGGUGAUGAGGAGGCAAGGCCAUUGAGGGUGUACUACCACAAACGAUGGGUGGCAACGGUGAAUAGUGUUGUGCAGAAGUACUGCUUGAUUGAGACGGUGGGCAAUGCGAGGAGUUUCCGUCGUCCAACAGUGGAGGAUAUCCUGAAGACACGAAUUGUCGUUGUAACGUUGAGUAUUUCCAUGGAAUUGGCAUCAUUGGACUUGCCGAAAGGGCACUUUACGCACAUCCUUCUCGAUGAGGCGGCACAAGCAAUGGAAUGUGAAGCUAUAAUGCCCCUCGCCCUUGCCAGUGAAACAACGCGCAUUGUCCUCGCGGGGGAUCACAUGCAAAUGAGCCCAGAGCUAUUUAGUAACUUUGCAAAGGAGCGUCGGCUGCAUAUUUCCCUCCUGGAGCGCCUCUAUGAUCACUACCCAGCGGAUUUCCCGUGCAAAAUUCUCCUUUGCGAAAAUUACCGUGCCCACGAGGCAAUAAUUAAAUUCACAUCGGAAUUGUUCUACGAUCAGAAGCUCAUUGCAAGUGGAAAGCAGCCGCGUCAUGAAAAAUUCUACCCAUUGACGUUCUUCACGACACGCGGGGAGGAUGUUCAGGAUAAGAAUUCAACGGCUUUCUACAAUAAUUCCGAAGUGUACGAAGUGGUUGAACGUGUGGCGGAAUUGCGGAAACGCUGGCCAUCGGCAUGGGGGAAGAUGAAUGAUCAGAGUAUUGGUAUAAUGACCCCGUAUGCCGAUCAGGUGUUUCGCAUACGGUCUGAAUUGCGAAAGAGACGAAUGGGGGGGAUUUCCGUUGAGCGAGUCCUCAAUGUGCAAGGAAAGCAAUUUCGGGCGAUUUUUCUCUCAACUGUCCGCACAAGGCGUACGUGUACGAAUGAGGGGGUUAGCUCAAUGUCAGCCGAUGAUAUGGAUUAUGGAUUCCUGAGUAAUUCAAAACUCCUCAAUACGGCAAUUACGCGAGCACAGAGUCUCGUGGCUGUUGUGGGUGACCCGGUGGCCCUUUGCUCGAUAGGACGAUGCCGAAAAGUUUGGGAGCGCUUCAUUGAUAUCUGCAAUCAAAACAAGAGUCUCUUUGGCAUCACAUGGCAACUUUUGCGAUCACAACUGGAUGGUGUGGAAUUGAAGAAGACUUAUGUGCUGAACCCAUUGGCACCUGAGUUCAUCCCGCGUGCCCUUCAGGCUGAGGCUUACUUGAGGGAUCAAUCGGGUGUGGUUGCAACGGCGCAGGGACAAUAUGGUGGGAUGCAUCCACCUCAUCGUUUCUCCCAUCCACCACUGCACCACCACCAUCCGCCACAGCCACCGCCGCAGUUUGGGCAGCAACCACAGACGCCGAAUCAAAUGAAUCACACGAGUGGCGGCUAUGGGCCGAUGAAUCACAUGCGGAGCGGCAGCAUUCCGCCGUAUCUCAAUCAGGGUCCCCCAUCGGGUGGUCCGCCGCAUCAGCCACCCCCGCAGCAGCAUCCCCCGUACUCAUAUCCCUUCUACUACCCAUACCAGCAGCAACAACCCGGUGGGCCACCACAGACGCCACAGGCACAAACACCCCUAAUGCGACCACCACCGCCACAGCAGCAAGCGCCGCAGCCACAAACACCCGGACCACAGACCCAAGGGCCACAGGUUCCAUCGAAUAAUCUCUGGGGCACAAUACCGACAAACAUCAAUCCAGCAGCAGCGGGGACAGCAGCAUGGCAAAUGACGGCAAAGCAGCAACAACAGCAAAAUGCGGCGAUGCAACAGCUGAAUAUCAACAUGCAGCGGCCACACAAUCCACCGGCACCAUCACUACGGAGUCCCGGUGGGGUUCAUCCGCAAAUAAUGAUGCCUUACAUGCAGCAGCAGCAGUCGCAACAGAUGCCCGGUAAGCCACCGCCGUACUUGUUGCAGCAGCAACAGCAACGUGGACUUGCGGGGCCAAUGAGUCCAGCGGCAUUCCAACAGCCGCCACCACCACCCACGCAUCACGAUCACAUGACGAACGACAUCAUGGCGACGCUCAAUUCAAGGAAUGUUCAGCCACCACCAAUGGCAAUGCAUCAGGGAGCACAUCAACAGCAACCACCCCCAAUGCCAGCGAGUCAUACGCUGUAUCAGGGUGCUGGGACGCAGCUGGGUGGGAAGCAAUUGGGGAAUGCGGAUGUGCGUCAUCCGGCUGAGAAGGAUAUUCAAUUUUUGCAGAAUGUUCACUUCCCGGAGAGGUUGAUGCAACCCCCACCGCCGCCGCAAUCGUUGAUCCCGUCAAAUCAUCCGCAGCAGAUAAGUCAUCACAUUGCAGCGGGUGGAUUGAAUAAUUUGCAAUCGGACUUUGGGCAUCUGUUGCCGCCCAAUAUGAGCUUCUACGAGAUGUCGCUGGAGCCGAAGGAGUUUCAGCUGAAGUGGUUCUUUAAGCUGCUGGAAACGCACGGAUUGGAGGUGGCGAAUAAGUUUGCGGAGAUUCUGCGGCAGGUGCCAACGCCGUGUGCGGCAACGGGGAAAAUGACCCCGUCGAUUGGGUUGAAGGACACCCCGGGGGUGCAGCAGCAGCAGCAGGGUGGUGGUGGUGGGGGGAAUUCUCUUGCGGGACUCAAUACGCAGGUUGACAUGGCAUUUGAUAGUCUCAUGAGUGGUUCGUCAAUUCCACAGCCGAUGCUGCGGGAGUUGUUUGGGGGGACGGGAGCUGUUGGGGGUGGUGGUGGCAAUGCCCUACCCUUUGCAGCAUCAACAGCCUCCUCGGGGAGGUCUUCGGACGUUCUGGGGGACUUUACGCCGUCACCAAUGUCGAGUCAGCAAUCGGUGCCACUGUACCGACGGCAGGCGAGUCAGCACUACAGUAGUUCGGCAUCUUCGCAAUCCGUGACGUCAUCCACACCGGAUCUCAUGGAGAAUCAUCAUGGGAAUCUCUUCGAGAGCAGCGGCGGCGGCGGCGGCCCUGGGCUCUCAUCAACAUCGUCGAUGUAUCAUGGGAAUUUUAUGAGUAAUCUCGAUCCCUUCGCCACGGGAUUGCCGUCAAUUCAAACCUUGGCAGCUGGGCUGCAGCCGCACAUCUUUCAGACGAACAUGGCGCAACAGCAGGUGGCCCCGCAGCAGGUGGAUGUGUCCAAUCCAACGGCAAUCCUUCAGCGGCAACAAACAACCGCCACGGGGGCAACGUAUGCCAGUGUCCUGACACAGGGAGCCGCUCCGGCUAACUCACACCACCAUCCGGCAGCUCAGGCGGCCAAGCAAGUGAUGCACGUGGGUGGGGAUGAGGACAAAGAUCCCUUUGCCGCCAUUCGGGAGCUUGGGCAACGAAGCAAUGGCUACUACAACUACUUUCAGUAGGAGAGAACACAACGCCAUUAGCGCAAAAGGAGACUUUUAAACAGCAAGAAAAAAAAGGUAAGGAGAUGAAUUUAUAUUAAACAAAAAAAAUGUGUGUGUGUGUAAAAUUUAUUUAUGAAGAAAAAACUAAAAAAAAAUCCUCAAAAAAAAUCAGAAAAAAUUGUUGAAAAAUUAUUGAAAAAAAAGAAAGAGAAAAAUAUGAAAAAAUAAUGCAAAAACAUACUACUAAACUUAUCUAAUAAUUAAUUAUUAUUAUUAUAUUAUUAUUAUAAA